AUGAGCGGCGCAGAGUCGACCGCGGGUCAAAAACCCACCAGCCUGGGCCAAGUCACUCUCGAGUCAUGGUCACAGGGCGUCAUGGUGGGUGCUCUGCUCAUGAUGGCCGCCAUCGCCCUAGCCAACAUGCGUAGCGGCGUGCUUCUGCACAAACUCAUCUUGAUUGAGUUGGCUCUAGCUGUCCCCAACGGGUUCUUCACCUUUUUUGAGAUGCCAGUAUGGGGGUGGUACCUGUCCUCUACUGUUGUCCCACUCAUCAUAUCCUGGAACCUGCACAACGUGAUCGCUUGGUUGAAGACUCGGCCCUUUCUGGGGCCUCUUGGUAGUCGCAUCUACAUUGGCACUGUUUUGGUUGUGCAGCCGUACUGGAUCUUCGAGAUUUACGCCAACUUUGCAUACUUCAACAACGGCGAUCAAACCCUCUUCACAUACUCUCGCCCGUUUGAGGCUGCGUUUCGUGACCCAUGGUGGAUUUUUACGACUGCCAAUCUCUUCUACAAUAUUCGCUAUCGCUACGAACUUGGUAUCGUCGACAUUGUUGCCGCCUCACCUCGCUUUGGUGUUCUGCUCUGCUCGAUGAUUGUUAGCAUCAUCUUUAUCGUCGUCGAUGUCCUCGCCGUAACGCCCGUCUUCCCCAUCGGCGCCAUCAACCCAUUCUGGAAAUUCGCCUUCAUAUUCAAGUGCCUGACAGACACCAUCAUCUUGGAUGACUUCAAGACAGCCCUCGACAAGCUCAGAAGGCGCAAUAUGACUCGGAUACUCCCUUUGAAUGCCUUGCCAGAACAGCAUCUGUGGACUUUCCGCAAUUUAGAAACGGAAGGGCCGAGCACGUGGUCCAAGGCGCCCAAGGAGGAGGAACCUCGAGUCUUGCUGGUGGAACAUUCCGAGGCUCAAAUCAGUGGGAGGGGGAUAGUGUAG